AUGAACAAUGCUUUUCUCCAUGGAAAUUUGCAUGAAGAGGUAUACAUGAAGCUGCCCCAAGGGCUUGCAGUUUCUUCUCUAGAACUGGUUUGCAAAUUGAACAAAUCCCUCUAUGGUCUAAAGCAAGCUAGUAGACAAUGGUAUGCUAAACUCACUGAAGCUUUGUAUUCCAGGGGCUACAUUCAUUCUAUGCACGAUUAUCCUCUCUUUUACAAGAGAACAUCUGAUCGUGUGGUAUUUGUGGGAGUUUAUGUAGAUGAUGUUCUACUAACUGGAAAUGAUCUCACUGAAAUUCAAAUGCUAAAAACCUUCCUACAUGACCAAUUCAAGAUCAAAGACUUGGUAAAAUUAUACUACUUCUUAGGACUUGAGGUGCUCUACAGAAAAGGUGGAAUCUUGAUCUCACAAAGGAAGUUUACUCUUGAUCGCCUCAAAGAAUAUGACUAUCUCCAUGCUACCAGUUUGUCUUCUCCACUUGAUCCCACAACAAAGUUGAAAGCUAAGGAAGGAGUACCUCUAUCUGAUCCUACUUUCUAUACGCAACUAGUUGGGAAGUUAAACUUCCUCACCAACACUAGACUAGACAUAGCUUACGGGGUACAUCAUCUAAACAAAUAUAUGCAGGACCUUAGAGAACCUCAUCUUCAGGAAGCAUAUCAUAUGCUCAGAUACCUACUCAAGGAUCCCACCUUGGGUCUCUUCAUGUCCAGUGAUAAUGAUUUCUCAGUAAAAGCCUACUGUGAUUCUGAUUGGGCUGCAUGCCCUAACUCCAGGAAGUUAGUGUCAGGAUACCUUAUUCUUUUGGCCAAUAGUCCUAUCAGUUGGAAAUCUAAGAAGAAGGAAACCAUCUCCCUUUCUUUAGUAGAAGUAGAGUACAGAUCCAUUAGAAAGGUCGUUGGUGAACUUGUUUGGCUGCAUCGUAUGCUCACAGAAUUGACUGUCCCUCAUGUUCUACCUAUCCCUGUAUUUUGUGGCAGUCAAUAUAUUCUCCACAUUGCCAGGAAUCCAGUUUUUCACGAACGUACCAAACACAUUGAAGUCGAUUGCUACUUCGUCAGGACAAAGCUCACAGAAGGCCUCAUCCUGCUUCAACAUAUUAGAACUGGUGAUCAACUCGCUGACAUUCUCACCAAAUCCCUCACUGGGAUCAAGCAUUCCACUGUCUUGGGCAAGUUGGCACUGUGUUCUCCACCUCCAACUUGA